ACAGUCAAUUCUCACCUGAAAGGAGGAUAUUGUCAAAAUGGGAGGAUCGCCCUCGUUUCCCCGGGAAACACUGAGCUCCGAUAAGAUCGUUAUUGUUACGGGAGGAAAUACAGGUAUUGGUUAUGAGACAGCCAAAUGGAUCGCUAUGUUGGGGGCACAUGUAAUCAUUGCAUGUAGAUCAAAGGAUCGUGCAAUGCAUGCCACAACGAAAAUGAAGGCGGAUUUUGAAGAUGAGAAAAAGAAGGGGACCCCCAAUUUAACGACAGGGGAGCUGUCAUUGGAGUUUAUGGAGCUGGAUCUUUCAUCGUUGAACUCGACUGAGAAGUUUAUUGAAGAAUUUAAGGCCUCGGGCAAAUUACUGCAUGUUCUAAUCUGUAAUGCCGGUCUUGGCAUGCAUCCUUUAGCAUAUACGGAAGACGGAAAUGAGAUGAUGUUUCAAGUAAACUACUUAGGACAUUUCCUAAUAAUUGUGAAAUUGCUUCCUGUUAUGUUGAGAAGUGGUUCUGAUUGUCGCAUUGUUCUGGUGUCCAGCAUUGCCCACAAGUGGACUUCCUUCGAUCUAGAUAAAAUACAGGCCAAACAGUACAAUGAGGCUAAUUUUGACCGGGCUGAUUACUACUACAAAUCGAAGCUUUAUCAAGUGAUGCAGAUGUACUGUUUAAAUAGACGAAUUGACCAAUCGAAUGUCACUGUGAACUCGUUACAUCCGGGUGUCGUGGACUCGGAGUUCACACGGUCCUUUAGGGAUGACUGUUCGUGGACAUGGAGAUAUAAGUGUGCAAAAUGUAUCGGUUUGGCUAUAACUCCAUACAAAGGCGCAAUAACCAGCAUCGACGCCGCCAUUAACCGGAAACACGUCGGUUUGAGGGAUAUCUACUUCGACAAGUGCACCCCUGCUAACUCGUCCUCCGAAGCUAGAAAUGUUGAAAAUCAGGAACAACUGUGGUGGUAUAGUUUGAACUGUCUGCAAGGUCAUCUCAAGGAGGAAGAUCUACAGAUAUUUAGUACGAAGUCAUAAAUCGUCUUUUGUGUCAGUUAUAAUUAAAUGUUUGGUGUUUUA